AUGCGAAAGGCCCGCGCCGACAUCGCCCGGAGAGGGUCCCUCUCGAUGGACGAGUGGUUGGAGGAGCUGGGAGACAGGAGGGAGACUCAGGGCCACGACGUCAACACAUUGUUCGUACUACGCGGCGCAUCGCAGGCGUUUCGGCAGCGCGCCGACGCGCUCAUCUUCGCGAACCUCGAGGUGUCCUACGCGCCCCGGGACCGCCGCGCGCGGCUCAUCUCGCGCGCCGGCCUGCCUUCGCCUGCAGCGACGCGUAUCGUUCCCUACAAGCGUGUGCUUAAUCGCGUCGUGGACAUCACGUCGUUCGUGCCCCUCGUCGAUUGGGGCAACGGUGAUCGCGACGUGCAGAUCCACCCGCCCAAGCUCGUCCGCCGGAUCGGCGACGGCGUCGUGUCGCGUGGUGCCAAGCUCUUCACGUACGCUGACACGCUCGUCGACUUUAUCGACUUGCAUCCCUACCCCGCGGCGCAUGACAUGCCUAACAUGCGCGAACUACCGGGCGUCCACAACGGACGGCUGAGACACUGUAUGCGUCGGUACAUCGUCCACAUCCGCCUCGACAAGUUAUCGACUGAGCCAAGACACUUGUUCCAGUUCUUCCCGUUCGGAGGAGGAGGGUCCAGCCUGCCUGUCACCGGUGAAUACACGCUCGAUGUGGUCUUGGUCAUUCAUCCGCCUGCCGUGCCGGAGCAAAUCAGCCUUACUUGGCGAGCAGCGAUGGCCGCGUGUGACCCCUUUUACUGGGUCUCCAGGUUCUCGCCGGCAUGGUUCACGGUGGUGACCUUCGACGACAUCGGCGCUGUGGAUCGGAACACAGGAUUUAGGGGCAGCAUACUCAGUGAUUGUGAGGACUUCAAUACCCUGUUGCUGCCCCGGUUCGUAAGCAUGCGCGAGUGGAAAGGGGAGCUGGACACGGAGACACGGGAGCUGGUCACCGAGUGGGCCGGCCGCGAGAGUGCCGCCAAGCCGAGGCAGGAGCCCGCGAAGACACCACGGGGAAGGUGA